AUGGCCACUGUCAAAAAUCAACGAUCAUUAAAUGUCACUGCUAGUGAUAUUUUCAAAUAUAUACCAAACAAAAUCGGAUAUGCUCGUAUAAUUACAAUGGUGCUAUCGUUAUUUUUUAUGAAAAGUUGUCCACUAUUAACUACUUUAAUAUAUGGUAUUUCUUGUUUAUUGGAUGCAGUAGAUGGGACUAUGGCACGUAAAUAUAACCAAUGUAGCGGAUUUGGUGCAGUUUUAGAUAUGAUAGCAGAUAGAAGUACUACUGCAUGUUUAAUCAUUUAUCUUUCUAGUGUGUACCCUUCUUAUUUGAUGCCUUUUUUUCAAAUGGCCAAUGCUUUGGACUUAUGUAGUCAUUAUAUGCAUAUGUAUGCUACAUUAAGUACUGGCGGUGGCAAGUCGCACAAGGAUAUUGAAAAGGAGCAAUGGUUAUUGAAUUUAUAUUAUAGUAGAAGAGAUGUUUUGUUUACUAUUUGCGCAUUCAAUGAAUUAUUUUACAUGGCUUUGUAUUGGUGUAGUUUUGUUGAUAGGAAAUGUUGGUACACUUUGGGUAUUUACACUACCAUAAUUUGUUUGCCAGGGUAUAUUUUUAAACAAAUUGCCAAUGUUGUCCAAAUGAAUAGGGCUGCCGUUUUGUUAGCUAACAAAGAUGCACAAAAUGUGAACAAUAAUAAGAAAUGA